CUCCAGCUCCAACGGACCGCCUCUGCUAUUUAAACACCACACCCAUCACCCUCUCCAGAGCUGGGAUUCUUCUGCGCAGCAUCUGAGAUCUGCUGAUCACUCAAGGAAGUCCAGGAUGGCGAUGAUACAGGAGUUCUUAGGGCAGCUCACUCUGCAGCUGGGUGGAGGGGAUCCCACGUACCCCACUGUGGUGCCGGAGCCCAACUUUGAUCCUGAUAAAGAUGCUGCCAGAAUCGAGACCGCUAUCAAGACUAAAGGGGUGGAUGAGCAAACCAUAAUUGAUGUCCUGACCAAACGCACAUACAGCCAGCGACGUGAAAUAGCCUUCGCGUAUGAGAGGAGAGCCAAGAAGGAUAUGAUCUCAGCCCUGAAGGGGGCGCUGUCUGGCUCUCUGGAGACGGUCAUCCUGGGCCUCAUGAAGAGCACGGCCCAGUACGACGCCUCCGAAAUCAAAGCCUCCAUCAAGGGUCUGGGAACCGAUGAAGAGUCUCUGAUUGAGAUCGUCUGCUCUCGAAGCAACGCCGAGCUCAUGGAGAUUAAGAAAGUCUACAGGGAAUUGUUCAAGAAGGACCUGGAGAAGGACGUGUCUGGAGAUACUUCAGGAGACUUUGCUAAACUCCUGCUGGCUCUGGUUGAGGCCAAGAGAGAAGAGCCCAGCUCCGUCAUUGACUACCAGAAAAUCGAUGAAGAUGCCAGAGCCCUGUAUGAGGCUGGAGUCAAACGAAAAGGCACUGAUGUGAAGUGCUGGAUCUCCAUCAUGUCCGAGAGAAGCGUUCCUCACCUCCAGAAAGUGUUUGACAGAUACAAGAGCUACAGCCCCUAUGACAUGCAGGAGAGCAUCCGCAAAGAAGUCAAGGGAGACCUGGAGAAGUCCUUCCUCACCUUGGUUCAGUGCUUUGAAAACAAACAGCUGUAUUUCGCCAACAGACUGCAAGACGCCAUGAAGAGCAAAGGAGCCAAGGAAAAGGUGCUGACCCGGAUAAUGGUGUCCCGAUGCGAGGUGGACCUCAAGAAGAUCAGACAAGAGUUCAAGGUCCACCACGGGAAGUCUCUGUACCAGACCAUUGCUGAGCACACAAAGGGAGACUACCAGAGGGCCCUGUUGAGUCUGUGCGCCGGAGACGAUUAAGACAGAGCACCACGAGGAGGACCUGAGCUCCAGACAUAGAGCUCCCGUGCCUGGCCUUCAAUAUAGUCCAUACCCUGCUGCAGCUUUAGAGACACGCACUCGCUUAGACUGGAAAUAACCAUGUGUUUUCCAUUGAGAAGGAUCCAAAAACAAACAGAGCAAGAGCUAAAUGUGCCAUCUCUAGCUUUAGAGACAGAAUCGUGAAUCUGCAAUGAUAUCGGUGCCUUUCUGGAAUUCUUGCACAAAGAACAUACACACUUGUAUGUUUAUCCAUUUUUUUCUAUACUGGGAAAUAAAACAAAAUAAACCAUC